AUGAUGGGUGAAAAAAAUAACGAGUGGGAGUCCACCAAAGGUUUGCGGGAACCUAUAAAAUGUUUGGAGGAUAAAUGGAAACUUGUUCCUUCUUUUCUGCAAGUAAAAGGAUUGGUGAAGCAACACAUUGAUUCAUUUAAUUAUUUUAUCAAUGUAGAAAUAAAAAAAAUAGUACAAGCAAAUGAAAAAGUAUUUUGUGAUGCAGAUCCUCUCUUUUACAUCAAAUACUUAAAUGCAUAUGUCGGGACUCCAGAUUUAGAAGAAGGUUUUAACAUGACUAAACCGACCACACCACAUGAGUGCCGGUUGAGAGAUAUGACUUACUCAGCCCCUAUUACAGUUGAUAUAGAGUAUAUAAGAGGCAACCAAAGGGUUAUUAAAAAUAAACAACUUAUUGGAAGAAUGCCGUUGAUGUUACGGUCUUCAAAUUGUGUUUUAACUAAUAAAUCAGAUUUUGAGCUUGCUCAACUAAAUGAAUGCCCUCAUGAUCCAGGCGGUUACUUCAUAAUUAGAGGACAAGAAAAAGUUAUUUUAAUACAAGAACAAUUAUCAAGAAAUCGAAUGAUUGUGGAUGAAUUCAAAGGAGCCAUACAGUGUCAAGUCACAAGUUCCACUCAUGAAAAGAAGACAAGAACAAAUGUUAUAGUCAAAAAUGGGAAAUAUGUCCUGAGACACAAUGCAUUGUCCGAUGAUAUUCCAAUUGCUAUAGCAUUUAAGGCAAUGGGUAUUUGCAGUGACCAGGAGAUUAUGCAACUUGUUGGUUCUGAUGAUUCAAUUGCUAAGAAAAUGGCACCUUGCAUUAUGGAUUGUCAUAAUUUAAAAAUAUUUACUCAAAAUCAGGCACUUGCUUAUAUUGGAAGUAAAUUGAAAGUAAAACGAUUUCAGACAGCAAAUGCUAAAGCACGCACACCGGUUGACGAAGCAAGGGAUCUACUUGCUACAACUAUACUUGCCCACGUAGCAGUCGAAAAUUACAACUUUUAUGUAAAAGCAAUCUAUUUGGCUAUUAUGGUCAAAAGAGUUAUUGAGGCUGAGACUAACAAAGCUGCUAUAGAUGACCCUGAUUACUACGGAAACAAAAGACUUGAAUUAGCUGGUUCUCUUUUAGCCUUGAUGUUUGAAGAUCUGUUCAAAAGAUUCAAUUGGGAAUUAAAAUCUAUAGCUGAUAAAAUCAUACCGAAAGUAAAAGCGGCUCCGUUUGAUGUUGUUAAACACAUGAGACCUGAUUUGAUAGCCAAUGGUCUGUUUACAGCAAUUUCAACGGGAAACUGGACAAUCAAAAGAUUUAAAAUGGAACGGCAUGGCGUAACACAGGUGCUUAGUCGUCUCAGUUAUAUAUCAGCUUUGGGUAUGAUGACCAGGGUCAAUUCACAAUUCGAGAAAACUAGGAAGGUAUCGGGGCCCCGAUCAUUGCAACCUUCACAGUGGGGCAUGCUGUGUCCAUCAGACACUCCAGAGGGUGAAGGUUGUGGUCUGGUAAAAAAUCUUGCACUAAUGACUCACAUUACAACGGAGUGUUCUGAAGAACCAAUUUCAAGAUUGGCGUGUAAUGCUGGUGUCGAAGAUGUUAGACUGUUGGGAGGCGAAGAAAUUAAUCACCCUGCUGUAUAUAUGGUUUUUCUUAACGGAAACAUUUUAGGUGUCACGCGGCAGUACAAAAAACUCAUAAAAAUAUUUAGAAUGUUUAGAAGGAGAGGUCUUAUUUCAUCCUUUGUUUCAAUAUAUCCAAAUCAUAACCAAAGAACUGUAUAUAUAUGCAGUGACGGUGGUAGGCUGUGCCGUCCAUACAUCAUAGUAGAAAAAGGUUACCCUUUGGUUCAACAGAUACAUAUUAACGAGCUCAACAGAGGCAUCAGAAAAUUUCAAGACUUUUUAAAUGAUGGUCUUAUUGAAUAUUUAGAUGUGAAUGAAGAAAAUGAUAGCCAUAUAGCAACUGUUGAAGCGGAAAUCGAUCCUUACGUCACUACACACCUUGAAAUAGAACCAUUUACAAUCUUAGGUGUUUGUGCCGGUUUGGUGCCUUACCCGCAUCAUAAUCAAAGUCCGAGGAAUACUUACCAAUGCGCUAUGGGAAAACAAGCAAUGGGUACUAUUGGCUACAACCAAAAAAACAGAAUUGAUACCUUGAUGUAUAAUUUAGUAUAUCCUCAAUGUCCAAUGGUGAAAACCAAGACAAUAGAAUUGACAAAUUUCGACAAGUUGCCAGCUGGGCAAAAUGCCACUGUCGCAGUGAUGAGUUACAGCGGCUAUGAUAUUGAAGAUGCCUUAAUUCUAAAUAGAGCUUCUAUUGACAGAGGAUAUGGGCGAUGUCUUGUUUAUAAAAGUGCAAAAACGACAAUGAAAAGAUAUAGUAAUCAAACAUCAGAUAGAAUUUUAGGCCCCUCGAGAGACGCUAAUACGGGUAAAAUUAUAAAAGUUCAUGAUAUACUAGAUACUGAUGGAAUAGCUGCUCCGGGGGAAAUGGUUGAGAACAGACAAGUUCUUAUAAACAAACAGAUGCCACCAGCCACAAUAAAUCCAAUUAGUCAAGGCCAGCCGCAACAAAUUGAAUAUAAAGAUGUACCCAUUACAUAUAAAGGUCCAGUUGAGUCGUAUAUUGAGAAAGUUAUGGUUUCUUCUAAUGCGGAAGAUGCGUUCUUGAUAAAAAUUUUGUUACGUCAAACUAGGGUCCCCGAGAUUGGUGACAAGUUCAGUUCUAGACAUGGACAGAAAGGAGUUACAGGUUUAAUUGUGCAACAAGAAGAUAUGCCGUUUAAUGACAGAGGCAUAUGUCCUGACAUGAUAAUGAACCCCCACGGUUUUCCUUCUAGAAUGACAGUUGGUAAAACAAUUGAAUUGUUGGCAGGCAAAGCUGGCUUGAUGGAAGGCAAAUUUCAUUAUGGUACGGCUUUUGGAGGUUCCAAAGUUAGUGAUGUUUGUAAUGAAUUAGAAAAACAUGGUUAUAAUUAUCAUGGUAAAGAUAUAUUUUACUCAGGACUCACAGGCGAACCUUUAGAAGCUUAUAUUUAUUCUGGUCCGGUUUAUUAUCAGAAAUUAAAACACAUGGUGCAAGACAAAAUGCAUGCUCGUGCUCGAGGCCCCCGCGCAGUCCUUACUCGGCAGCCAACCGAGGGUCGCUCUCGAGAUGGCGGGCUGCGGCUCGGUGAGAUGGAACGCGACUGUCUCAUCGGAUACGGAGCUAGUAUGCUGCUGAUGGAGAGGCUGAUGUUAGCGUCGGACGCGUUCAGCGCGGAUAUCUGCGGCGCCUGUGGGCGCCUAGCGAGCCGCGCUUGGUGCCACGCCUGCCGAUCGUCCGCCGGCGUCUCUACCGUUGAGAUGCCCUAUGCCUGCAAACUACUCUUCCAAGAACUUGCCUCUAUGAACAUCGUCCCUAAACUUACUCUUAAGAGAUAUUGUUAA